AUGUCAGAAGUAUGUACUGAAAAAGUGAUAAUUGAAUUAUACUAACAACUUUCCAAAGGUCAAAAGAACUAUUAGGAUAACAACGGAACAACAUGUUUUAGAAGAUUUACCACCAGUUGAAAAUUUUCCAAUAAGAAAAUGGACUAUUUCAAUUACGAUGUUAGAUUCUCAAGGUAAAGAAGUUCCUGCUAAAGUAUUAGAUAAAGUUACAUAUGCAUUACACCCAACGUUUGCAAAUCCAAUAAGAGUAAUAAAACAACAACCUUUUAAGGUUGAAGAACAAGGUUGGGGUGAAUUUGAUAUACCUAUUACUGUUCACAUCUUAGGAAUUGCUGGUAAAAAUGGUGAGCGUAAAUUACAGCAUGACUUAAAUUUUUUUCAAAAUAAAUACACAAAUGAUCAUGUAAUUAAUAUACCAGUCAGUCCAAGUAAAAAUGGUCAAUUAAAUAAGAUUUUAUUAGAAACUGGUACUUUACCAUUUGAUGAAUCUGGCGUAGGAGCAAGCUCAAAUAGUGGUACUGGUGGUGUUAAAAGAAAAUUAGAAGGAAAUAAUGGUUCAACACAAUUAAAUUCAGAUGUAAAUAAAAAUAAAAAAUCCAAAGGUGCAGUUAAAGGUUCUGUUGAUCUAGAAAAAUUAUCAAAUGGUUUAACCAAGUUAAAUGAAGAUGAUUUAAUUGUUGUUGUUCAAAUGGUUACUGAUAAUAGAACAAAUGAAAUGAAUAUUAAAAAUGAUCCUGAUGCUGGUGAAUUUACAAUGGAUUUAUUUACAUUACCUGAUUCUUUAUUAAAAAGUUUAUGGGAUUAUGUUAAAAAGCGUAUUGAAAAUUAA